AUGUCCGAUCCGCAGCAACUAUCGUCAAAUACCGCACCUUCCAUUCCAAGCCGUGAUACAAAUGGCAGUCUGGACCGACAACAUCUCACUCCCCCAAUACCAUCGUGCCCUUCCAACCCAGCCACCGCUAUUGUCUCCCCCACCAGCAAGGUCACCAUCAAUACUCGCCCAUUGUCUUCUCAAUCAAUUACACAACCCGUUGCAGGGAUUGAUGUACCCGGCAUGCCAACCAGUCAACCAUCUCCAACUUCGGAAGGACCCACGAUUUGUGGCGAGGCCUCAGAGGGAGCAAUAUCAGCCUCUGCCACCAUCACCACCACCACAGAACCCGCAGAUGUCCUAGAAACGAUUUCUAUCUCAUCAUCUCCAAGCAAAAGCCCCGAGAUCGAGAUUGCCGAAAUAGAGGAUUACGACCAAGAUCCCGCACAGACGAAAUGGACAAGUAAGAUUGGAGGUGCAUCUGCUGCCUCAACCCUGAGGACCGUCCAGCCCGGCCACGUCUAUCGUUCUUUUCCUUUUGCACACGAAACUACGCCCGGUAAUGUCAGUCGGAUAGUCCAGCGCAUUGCAGAGCGUUUUCAACAUGGCGGUCCUCAAGAUGGUGACCUCUUCGCCCGGGUGAAGGAUUGGAUGAUCGACUUCGUCGACAUCUGCCACGACUUCCCUGCAAGACUUAUUGACGACGACCGCGAGUUUUGGGCAGCCUUGCCAGACCUCAUCGGAGGACUUCUUAGAAGGGAUAGUGCUCCGCCCGCGCAAGCCCGCACCGAGGACCUGGCCAAUUUUUUCACGGCAUUCGCUCAGAUCACUACAAUGCUCAUUGAUUAUGACACCCGAAACAUACAACUUCUCGCGGACAAUAUUGAUCCGUCUCCCCUCCGCAAUCUCACACUAAUAUCUGCACCCUACCUUCAGCCUCUUUCCUGGGUAUUUCAGUUUCGAGUUCCUUUCUACGAAGCCCUUCGCCAUUCUCUUCAAUUCGACAUUGCAUACUUUCAUGCACACUUGCUCGACAGAACUGUCGACCCAGUUGGCGUGGGUCUGUUGUCUUCGGUGUCAAAGCUACUUUCGGAACUGGGUCCAAUCCUAGUCAAGAGGCAAGAUUUCUUCAGACCUUUUCUGAACAUUUUGAACCUAACCCAACAUAUUAUGGGCCCAAUCAACUGCAUCAACCAUCAAAUGCCUGAUGUACAAUAUCCACCUAUCGCUCAGCUCGACAACUUGCGCGACUCCUCUGCGGAAAUAAUUUUGAAGGCGGACAACAUUCUCCAGCAGGCAAUCGUCAAACAACUCCCUUGGUUAAACUUGGAAACUGCUGGCAAGUUGAUCGAACAACUGAACCCCUUGGUAGCUGCCAUUGCGGUGGAGGUGCCUCAGAUUGGACAGGAUAUCAUUUCCACCGCAGGAGUUGGCUUCGCGGACUCAGACCUUACUGAUCUACCGAGCACCAUGCCCUGUGCCUGGAAAUUUAAGACCCUCAGAAAAUUCGUGACAAAUGGACGUAUGGAACUUCGGGUCAUGGGUAUUGAAGUCAUGUCAACCGACCUGAUUCAGGUGUACAAGGACAAUAUUGAAGGCAGGCCUACGGCUGUCACAAUGGCCAAUCCUUUGGUACGGUUUCUCAUUAAUUUCAUCGUGGAAAACCAGCUUGUGGAGUACAUCGUUGGGGUGGAUUCUCAUCCGCAAGUUAUUCGUCGCAGCCAUAACGUGGUUGGCUUCUUGUGCGUUUCUGGAACAUACACCAACUCCAAUACUGACGAUAUUUGGAAAACAAUCGUCGAAAGCCAUGAUACAAGGACUGUUCACGAAGUGUUCAACUUGUUGUUCAUGUGCUUUAAUGUCUAUGAUCUGCCCGCAUUGUACUAUAUCUGCCAAAAACUUCUCGAGUUGCCCUUUCAGCAGUACGAUCAACAUGUGGUGGGAUUCACGGUAAACCUCUUUACCAGCGUUCGUCAACGCGUGGGUACUCCUCAUUUCAACACAGACUUCGCGACCAAUCCUGUCACAAGACAACUUUGCAUCCGAUUGCUACGAGAGGCAACAGUGCACGAAAAUCUUGCGCUGGAGCAAGCUAUCACGAUUCGCAGAGAGUUUACCCAGCAGCUUACCAUUUUGCUGACCCUUGGUCGCCCAGAUUCCUCGCUUCUGUCUAUCGAAGAAGAUGAGCGACGUGCCAUUAUGAGCGAGGCUGCUGCAAGAAUCAAGGCGCAUCACAGAGGCGUUGGCGGUGAUCUUUACACGCUCAAUGCUAUGAUCUCACUCAUGAGUCGGGACAGCAUUCCCAACCUCGUGGAGAACCUGAACCUCACAGCUUUAUUGGUUGCGGAGUUUGUUCAUCUACGCGAUCAGUACCAGCUUCUGUCACAGCAACGAGAGUGCAUCUCUUCUUUCGAAGUAAUCUACGAUAUCAUUGCCACCACUCUCUAUCAUUUUAUUCAUUGGCUACCAGACACUUUCUCUGCUGACCUGGUUGAAAUGGUUUGGAAAUCAUAUUUCACCUCACCAGAGCUGCCUCCUACGAUUCGUGCAAGAUCUUGGGAAACCUUGACUCAUGCAUUGAGGCUUAAGCAGCCAAGAGAUGAGAACAUAGUCCUAGAUCUGAUCAUCGACAAGCACCUCCAAAGCCUUGGGCCAGCGGACUAUUGUGAUCGCUUGCUAGAAUUUAUCAGAAUGUCCGUCUCAUAUACCAUCCGAUGCUCUCCGCAUGUCCUUACGGACACGGAUGAUGUUGUCGUCAUUCCUGGUAUUGAGCGGCUGUGGAAGAUUGUGCUUGAGGCACCACCGAAUACUAUUGAGAAUGAGGCGGCGGACUUCAUUAUCCGACAGUACCUGGAUCACAGCUUAAUCACAAGACAAACAAAGGCCACGAUCGAUCUCACACACUCUUCGCUUGUGGAUCGAUGUGUACGCCAAGUCAUUGCAUCGGCAUCGAAAUUGAAAUCUUACACCGAUGGAACCUUGAGUGGCGAAGAUGAGCCAAUGGUAAUCAUCGCUUCUGAGGAUGAGAUCCGUGCUGAGGAGCUUCGCUUCGACCGGUCUUUACUAUUCCUUCGAAAAUUUCUUGAAGGGAUGAAAUCACGGCCUCGAUACAGCCCCACACCAACUAGAACUCCAGGGUUGCCAGAGUUCUCGGAGAGGAAGGGCCAAAAUAUCGAAUUGAGCAUACAAAUCCAUGGGAGUAAGUAUGUCACAGAACAGAUUCAGAAAAUACAAGUAGGCAGUGAAAACACUUGCGACGAAUUCUACAAGUAUCUUACCGAUUCGAGUGGCUUCACACAAUUCUCUGUGUUCAACCAAGGCCAAAAGACCAUCAUCGAAGGCUCAAACACAACUCUAGCUGAGACAAAGCUACCGCACGGGCUCAUCAUGGUGAUGAAGACAGCCAACACUCCCGAAAAUGUGCCUGCACGUUCAGCACGCGCCACCUCGCCCGUGGAUAACAAGAUCAUGCAUCAUUUUGAUGAUUUGUAUGACCUCCUCGAUGCGGAUGAACGCCUCUCGAGAGAAGUGUAUGGCUUUCUCAGCCUGUUUUCUGCUCAAACUGAGGUGGUGCGUUUAAUCAGAUCGAUGGAGAGGUCACCUGCAGAACUGCUCCCACCUGGGAAGCCGUUCAAGCUGUUAUAUUGUGCAAGAGCUCUACGGUCGUGUAUUGAGGUCGACUCCUUCAGCUCAAACCCAGAUACAAAGUUUCUCACAUACAGUAUUCGAACCAUUGUUGCAACACUCCCAGAAUUGGAACUAACCAAUACAAGCGAUCCACUACAGAUUUCAAUUGUCCAUGGAUUGGUCGAAGCCUUACUGCUGGCUUUCCGUGCUAAGGUGUCUUCGGAGGUGUCCUUGGAAUAUCUUGAAGACCGGAAAGAGUUUGUCGCUCAAAUCUCAAGGCUGUUACGUUUCACCUUGGACUGCAGAAGUACUACUGAUGAAGAAUUGUCAACUUGUGUUAUGGUGAAGCUCAUUCUGGAAAGCUUCAUUGAAGCCUGUCUUCAUGAUGAUAGAGUCUGGAACUGUGUCGCUACUGAUGGAAACCUUCAACACCUGGUGUUUACAGCAUUUGUGCAAGACCCACGGUUCGAGGUGCGACAUUCACUCCUUGAGGUUGUGAUUGGUUUGACUGGCGCAGCUGGCAAUAAACUUCACCUCAAGAUUAACAAUCCUCGUGCGCCACGCUCUAGGUUUCCCGUCUCGGUGAUCGACUCUUGCUUGAUGCACCUUUGGGAUGCGUUGGCCGAUGUUUUGCCGCAGGCAUGUCUGCAGCCAAAGCAUUGUGCAGAAAUGUGUGAGACCAUGCUCUCCAUCAUGAAGAGGGUUGGGAAGGCAUUCGGUGUGGACUCCCUUCGUCAUUUCUUCAGCGAGUGGAGCAGAAUCCUCCUUAGGCAUACACAUAUUGAAGUUGUCGGUCAGCCUCUAGGGGACCAUGUUGUCGUCUGUUUGACCAAACUCUUAUUUGAAUGCUCCAAGCUAUUGAAAGUUGCCAACGCUCUUCCAUCUAGCGCCGAACUUAUCGAAGAGCUUAUCACCUUGUUCCUGUUUCCGCCAUUAUCUGACACGGGCCUUGUCGCAGAGGACACUACGAAUUUACCCAUAUUGGAUGUGACUGUACGUGAGAGUCUCUACAACCUGGUGCUGGUAUUAUGCCAGGGACCUGAGGACACUUCUGCCGUCAUUUCCAAACUCAAUGACGAUUUGCUUCCGCAAGACUUCUUUGAACCUAUUUACAGCCAUGACCGUCAAAGUCUCCGAACAGAGGUUGGGUAUGCUGGACUUCGAAAUCUUUCCAACACCUGUUAUCUCAACUCUCUUUUCGCACAACUGUUCAUGAAUGUUCAGUUUCGUGGGAUAUUCCUCAACUCGGAUUCCUUGGAUCUUUCAAAGCAGAAUCUUGUGUCGGAACUCGCGAAAGUUUUUGCAUUUAUGCAAAAUUCGUAUGAGAAGUCUAUUGAUCCAUCUGGUGCAGUCGAAGCCAUCACCACAUAUGACGGGGAGCAGAUAGAUGUCUCAAUUCAAAUGGAUGUCGAUGAAUUUUUCAACUUGUUGUUCGAUCGUCUGGAAGGGCAAAUCGAUGGUCCUGCUCGGGAAUUGUUCAAGUCAAUCUACGGGGGCCAACUGGUCCAACAAGUCAAGUCCAAAGAAUGCGAGCAUAUCUCUGAACGUCUGGAGCCCUUUUCUGCUGUCCAAGUCGAAAUCAAAGGCAAAGCUAGACUUGAAGAUAGCCUCCGUGCUUAUGUCGAAGGUGAAGUUCUACAAGGAGAGAACAAAUAUUCCUGCACUUCAUGCGGGCGCCACGUGGAUGCAGUCAAACGGGCUUGUCUCAAAGAUGUGCCUGAUCACCUGAUCUUUAAUCUCAAACGCUUCGACUAUGACAUUAUGACAGGAAUGCGUGCAAAGGUAAAUGACGAGUUUCAAUUCCCGGAUACACUCGAUAUUGCCCCCUAUACACUUGCUCGACUCAGUGAUGAUGUGCAAGAUGAUGAGCCGGAUACUUUCCAGCUUACCGGGGUAAUCGUUCAUUCUGGGACCGCUGAUUCAGGUCACUACUAUUCAUACAUCCGCCAGCGACCCUCAGUCAAAGCUAUCCAAGACUCGUGGGUACAAUUCAAUGAUCAAGAUGUGACUGUGUUCGACCUUUCGCAGAUGCGUGAGCAAUGUUUUGGUGGAAAUUCCGACACAUUUUACAACCUUCCCAAGUUUUACAGUGCUUACAUGCUCUUCUACCAGAGAACGUCCAGUAUUCAGAAAGUUGAGCAACAAUUCCAUGAUCAGGAUUCUGUUAACCCCGUCCGACUACCACUCCCAUUCCAUAUGGAGCAGCAUCUCGCUCAGCAUAAUGAGCUUUACCUCAGAUCUUAUUGUGCUCAGGACGGAACUCACGCCAAAUUUGUUCUUCUUCUACUCGAACGAAUGAAAAUUGGGCAUGAUAAUGACUGCAGCGAAGACCAUGCGAUGGAGUCGAAUACUAUUGAGAUGGUUCUCGAGUACGUUCGUCAGAUUUCUUCGAGGUGGAAAGAUAUGCCUUAUCUUGAGGAGACAUUGAAAGCUGUCCAAAAUUAUGUGGAUCAAUGUACCGGCUGUGCCAGAACAGUUGCGCAUUGGUUCACGGGGACUCGAAUCCUAGACGAUGUCAUCGUGCGAAGCCCUUACCAAAAUGUGAGGAAAAGCUUUAGCUAUCUCUUUUCUGACGUCUUUCAACGCCUCCACACCAUCAAAGCUACCACGGUGUUAGAUAGUGUUGAGCACCAGCAGUUCCAAGAAGAAUACGAGGAGUGGCUACAGGCGUGCGUCGGGCAAAUGGCAAAGCUGUGGGAUAUCGCUAUGAAGACCAGCCGUUGUUGGGCUGAAUACUUCGGAACUCUCAGCAAUAUCAUAAAGCUUGGUGAUACAGAGCUCGCUUACGUCCUGGAUCAAGAGUACAUUGAGAAAUGUAUCGAGCUGGUCAUGGUCCACCUCAACAACCCAGCUGAUUUCCCGAUCAGCAAGAAAUUGAAAGCUCGGUAUGCCGUGUACUUGGCAGCAAGAGACAGAAAUCGGCCAUUCAACCACAACGUGCAUUUCCGCUUCCUCAUCAGUAUUCUAUUGCGUGUGGAUUUCCACCUUCUGCCAGAGGGCGAUGAUCGUGCGGUGUCUCCCAAGAAGAUCGGGUUAACAGCGAAUGAGCUUGAUUGUCUGGGGUUGGGUAAGAUCCCUCCUCGUCUGGAAUGGCUAGUACGCCUCAUGUCCAGCGGAAUCAAUUCAAAUGCAAUCGAUUCUCUUGUUGCACACCUUGCCGCUGACCGCAAACUUGCUGGCUCCGUGGCGGAGGUGAUCAUUAAAGGGUUGAACGAUCGAAUCGUGAAUACCGCAGUCAAUUUUCUCAGCCCAACCAUUGUCUUUUGCGAGAAUUGCCGAUUCGAGGCGCAAAUUAUCGACCUUGUUCACCCUGCUCUAGAGAGUAUCAGGACAGUUGGGAUUGACUACAGCAAGGACUACUUGGAAUUCGUCGAGUCGCUGUUGAGAGCUGAGAAUUCAGCGAUAGAAGCUGACAUCGGAUUUCUAGAAGAGUCGGUGCUGCAGGCCAUCAGUCACUGGGCCCCCACUUUUCUUGUUUCGACAAAUGACAGCCAGAUGAAUAUCCGCGAUGCUACGGUGGAUCUGCUGAGAAGAAUCCUGUUCGUACCACUUCAACAAGCCGAGACUGAAGAUGCGCGUCUUUAUACCUCCCUUCGGGCGGUCUGUCAGGAGCUUGCGUAUAGUUGCCAGAAUUUUGUUCAGCGCAUGUUCUUGGCUCCUCGAGGUAGGGAGGGUGCGACUUUGCACCCCGGUCAAGCCAACCAGGUUCUCGACGUCAUGGAACACUGUUUGCAGUAUUUCAGUAUUGACAAUGUAUUGGAAGAGGCAAAGAUGGCGGAGAUUAACAACACGAUUACACAAUUGAAAUUCAAGGCCGAGUCAACGAUUGAGACACUGAGCCCUGCGGAGUGGCAGGAAAAUAGUAGUGAACUGGCAGAGCUUAGUGCAGAGGAAUAUGAAGAGAUCAAUAGCCCUUAG